GACUCCUCUCCACCCAUUUUGAUCAUUUCCAGGUGCUAGACAGCCACAGUUUCAGAGUCUCAUCUGCCUCCACUGAUCACUGUUCCUGUGCUCACAGUCAUCAAUUAUAGACCCACAACAUGCAUCCUGAAGACAGAGUCUUCCAGAUCAGAGCUGUGAUCUUGAGAGCCUUCUCCUUGGCUUUCCUGCUGAGUCUCCGAGGGGCUGGGGCCAUCAAAGCGGACCAUGUGUCAACUUUUGUCAUGUUUGUACAGACGCAGAGACCAACAGGGGAGUUUGUGUUUGAGUUUGAUAAGGAUGAGAUAUUCCAUGUGGAUCUGGACAAGAAGGAGACCGUGUGGCGUCUGGAGGAGUUUGGCCGAGCCUAUUCCUUUGAGGUUCAGGGCGGGCUGGCUAACAUUGCUGCAUUGAACUACAACUUGAAUAUCAUGAUCCAGCGUUCCAACCACACUCAGGCCACCAAUGAUCCCCCUGAAGUGACCGUGUUUCCCAAGGAGCCUGUGGAGCUGGGCCAGCCCAAUACCCUCAUCUGCCACAUUGACAAGUUCUUCCCACCGGUGCUCAAUGUCACUUGGCUGUGCAAUGGGCAGCCGGUCACUGAGGGUGUCGCUGAGAGCGUCUUCCUGCCUGGAACAGAUGGCAGCUUCCACAAGUUCCAUUACCUGACCUUUGUGCCCUCAGCUGAGGAUGUCUAUGACUGCAGGGUGGAGCACUGGGGCUUGGACCAGCCACUCCUCAAACACUGGGAGGCCCAAGAGCCAAUCCAGAUGCCUGAGACGACGGAGACUGUGCUCUGUGCCCUGGGCCUUGUCUUGGGGCUAGUGGGCAUCAUCAUGGGCACCAUCCUCAUCAUAAAAUCUCUGCGUUCUGGCCGUGACCCCCGGGCCCAGGGGCCCCUGUGAAAUACUGUAAAGGUUGAAAUGUAAAGAGGAGGCCAUAGAAUCUGUAGAAUGUAAGGAAGAGAGGAAGAAUUCAAUCUGAUAAGUGUUCUUUGAUCUCCUAAUGGGUUAAAAGCAUUCAGCCACAUAAAAACAGCUAAAAACAACAACAUUGAUAACGGAGUAGUUAAUAUGCUCAGGUGCUAUUCUGAGCAUUUACAUUUAUUAACUCACUUUAUUCUCACAAACAGUCUUUCAGGUGGGUACUAUUAUUUUCGCCAUUUCACAUGAGAGAUACUUAUCUUUUCACAUAUACAGAGACCUUAAGCACCUUGAUCAAGUUCCCACAACUAUGAAGUAGUUCCAUCUGGAUCCAAGACUGUUUAUCCAUUGUCCUAUACACACUAUUUUGUGAAGAAAAAGACCAAGUUCAGAUUUUCCAAGGGUCCAUUGUUUAGUAAUGGAGCCAGAUCUAUAUUUCUACACAUAAUGACAACACAGUGAGAUGGGUGCCUGUAACUAUUUACUGUCUCUCCUUGGACUCAUUCCAUAGCAAUGCUCACACAAAAGAAUGCCCCUCCUGAGAUCUUAUAGUUUUUUAUUGAUCAUAACCCUCAUCAUGUUAUAUGUUUUGAGAAUUCUCUUAGCAUUAGUUAACUUCCAUGCAGAUGACCACAUCUAAUUCAUCAUUAUUAUUGCUAUUCAUGCUGGACCUCAGGUACAAACGGUUAAGAACUUCUCAGUUCAUUAUACUAUCAUCAUUGGUGCCUCCGAGCUCUCUCUCUUGAUUUAUUUGGUCCCUUUUAUCCUCAGUCCUUACUCCCAUAUCUAACCUCCUAUCCCUACCUCAUGGGUAAACAUUUUAAUGAAUUUGAUUUUUUAUUUGCAUAGAUCCUGUAUAAUAUGUAGUGCCCAGUGUACAUGUAUAUCUAAUUAACCAAAAUGGCAUUAAAUUAUAGAUCUAA